AUGGCGGAUCCGUCUACACAGGCCUCCUUACAACCCCGGCCUCAACAGACUCAGUCCAGCGGGACAACUGGGUCAAAUGCAAUGCCUGGAUCCGCGAAUUGUGAUCCAGCCAGGCCGGGUCUUAGCCAACAACAACGGGCCAGUCAAAAGAAAGCGCAAGUUCGAGCGUUUCCACGGGCGAAAAAGCUUGAGAAACUCGGAGUCUUUUCGGCUUGUAAGGCAAAUGACUCAUGCAAGUGCAAUGGUUGGAAGAACCCUCAUCCACCCACUGCCACCCGCAUGGACCUCCAGCAGCAAGCGGCAAGCCUGAGUGAGCCAUGCCGCAGCUGUGGCCACGCUCUGGCGGACCAUGUGUCCCACUUGGAGAAUGUGUCGGAGGAGGAAAUCAACCGACUGCUGGGCAUGGUAGUGGACGUGGAGAAUCUCUUCAUGUCCGUCCAUAAGGAGGAGGACACUGACACCAAGCAGGUCUACUUCUACCUCUUCAAGCUGCUCAGGAAAUGUAUCCUGCAGAUGAGCCAGCCCAUAGUGGAGGGGUCCCUGGGGAGCCCCCCCUUUGAGAAGCCCAAUAUUGAGCAGGGAGUGUUGAACUUUGUCCAGUACAAGUUCAGCCACUUGCCACCCAAAGAGAGGCAGACCAUGUUUGAGCUUUCCAAGAUGUUCCUCCUCUGCCUCAACUACUGGAAGCUGGAGACGCCCACGCAGUUUCGCCAGCGCUCCCAGAAGGACGACGGCACGGCCUAUAAGGUGGACUACACCAGGUGGCUCUGCUACUGCCACGUGCCGCAGAGCAACGACAGCCUGCCGCGCUACGAGACCACGCACGUGUUCGGCCGCAGCCUGCUCAAGUCCAUCUUCACCGUCACGCGCCGGCAGCUGCUGGAGAAGUUCCGCGUGGAGAAGGACAAGCUGCUGCCCGAGAAACGCACCCUCAUACUCACGCACUUCCCCAAGUUCCUGUCCAUGCUGGAGGAGGAGAUAUAUGGGGAAAACUCGCCCAUCUGGGAGGCAGACUUCACCAUGCCUGCUUCUGAGGGAGCGCAGCUGGGACAUCCCACAGUGAUCAGCCCAGCCGCUGUGUCCAGCACUCCUGCUUUCACCAAGAGCAACAGCUGCAGCUCCUCCCUGGGCACCAUCAGCCUGGACACUGUGGUGGCAGAGCCCAAGACCGGAGAGAAACGGAAGCUUCCGGAGGCCCUGACGCUGGAAGACGCAAAGCGGAUCCGGGUCAUGGGAGACAUCCCCAUGGAGCUGGUGAACGAGGUCAUGAUGACCAUCACCGACCCUGCCGCCAUGCUGGGCCCCGAGACCAGUUUGCUGUCGGCCAACGCGGCACGGGAUGAGACGGCAAGGCUGGAGGAGAGGCGGGGAAUCAUCGAAUUCCACGUCAUCGGGAACUCGCUCUCCCAGAAAUCCAACAAGAAGAUCCUGAUGUGGCUGGUGGGUUUGCAGAACGUCUUCUCCCACCAGCUACCCCGCAUGCCUAAGGAGUACAUCACCAGGCUGGUGUUUGAUCCGAAGCACAAGACCCUGGCCCUGAUAAAAGAUGGCCGUGUCAUAGGAGGGAUCUGCUUCAGGAUGUUCCCCACUCAAGGCUUCACGGAGAUCGUCUUCUGCGCCGUCACCUCCAACGAGCAGGUCAAGGGGUACGGGACCCACCUGAUGAACCACUUAAAGGAGUAUCACAUCAAGCACAGCAUCCUGUACUUCCUCACCUACGCCGACGAGUACGCCAUCGGCUACUUCAAGAAGCAGGGUUUUUCCAAAGAUAUCAAAGUGCCAAAGAGCCGCUACCUGGGGUACAUCAAGGACUACGAGGGGGCGACCCUGAUGGAGUGCGAGCUCAAUCCCAGAAUCCCCUACACGGAACUCUCUCACAUCAUCAAGAGGCAGAAAGAGAUCAUCAAGAAGCUGAUCGAGCGGAAGCAGAGCCAGAUCAGGAAGGUGUAUCCGGGCCUGACCUGUUUCAAAGAGGGCGUGCGGCAGAUCCCCGUGGAGAGCAUACCUGGCAUCCGCGAGACUGGAUGGAAGCCUAGUGGGAAGGAGAAAUGCAAGGAGUUGAAAGAUCCUGACCUUCUGUACAACAUGCUGAAGAACCUGCUUGCUCAAAUUAAGACACACCCGGACGCCUGGCCCUUCAUGGAGCCUGUGAAGAAAGCAGAGGCCCACGAUUACUACGAAAUCAUUCGCUUUCCCAUUGAUUUGAGGACCAUGACGGAGCGGCUGAAGAAUCGCUACUACGUGACCAAGAAGCUCUUCAUCGCCGACCUGCAACGCAUCAUCACCAACUGCCGUGAGUACAACCCCCCGGACAGCGAGUACUGCAGGUGCGCCAACACCCUGGAGAAGUUCUUCUACUUCAAGCUGAAGGAGAGCGGGCUAAUCGACAAGUGAGGCCCGGGCGCCGCCCACAGAAAAAAAAACGACGGCAAAAAAAAAGGCAAGAGGAACAGGAGCAGGCUGGGUCCCACAGAACUGCAUAACAGACCAUUUGGUUUACAGAACCCGUUAGGUGCCACGGAAUGAGCAGUAGGGGAAGAAGAACAAUAAAAUGUGACAAUAAAAGGGAGUGUGACGUCCUUUCGCUUUGUGUGAAUGGUGGGCAUUUGAAUCUGUAAAGGACACACAAUUGUCAUGAGUAACAAAUUACUUGUUUUUUUUUUCCCACACUCUGCAGAUGUCAUUUGUUUGCACCUCCAGUAUAGGUAAACACCCUGCUAAUUGUGCACUGUGGCGUGUUAUAUUGUAAUGUUUACCCCCUGUUGACACGGUGAUGAACCUUGCUGACUGGCACCUGUUUCAUGUGAGCUGAAGGUUAAUCUUCUUGUCGUCAGUGACAAAUGCGGUUUGUGUACCACUGAAUUUGGAGCCGGGGGACUGAAGGCAUUCAGAAACAGGGUCCUGUGAAAUAGGACACGUGUACAUACUUGAUGCAUAAUGCAAAGAGCCGUUACUUGAAAUGUAGCUCACUUUGACAUCUGCUGUCAGACUGUAUGUAUGCAUACUGUAGAUAUCUACAGGAACGGGCUGGAUGUGCUGUGUGGUUUUGGUGGUAUUCUUGUAGUAUUGAAAACAAAGAAUACUAGAGCAGAGGAUGCAAGGAUUCUUUGUCACGUUCUGCAUCACGCCUUGGCUGGUGGAGUUCGGACAAAACUUUCUUCUUUUUACAUCACGUUGUGCCCCGUUAUGUAGGAACAAGAUGUGAUCCCAUGGAACAUUUCACGUUGUGACACAUGGGCCAGUUGGAUUUGUUUUUGUUUUUUUUAUUUAUUAUUACAAAAAUCCCAUAAAAUCCUUGGUACCCCUUCAUUUUGCUUUGUCAAGGACGAAAAGUAAUUAUGUUGCAAGCAGGACUACUGAGGAAUGAGGAGAAUACAUCACCUUUCUCAUUAAACUUAUUUCACACCAAUGCAUUGACCUUAAAUUCAUUACAGGUAUUUACAAGAUGCAAGCUAAACUGUAAAACCUAAUUGGUAUUCAGAACCUUCAUGGACCUUCAGCCCAUCCGUUAUUGUUUCUGUUCUUCUGUGAUUUGUUCAAGGACCACUCUGCUCUCUGAAUGGCUGUUUGUGGAGUUGUGAAUUGGUUUUUUCAGUAUCCGUAAAAAGGUUUAAAAAGAACGUACUGUGGAAUACAUUCUUUUUACUGACCAGUUACAUGGCCUUUUCCUUUGAUGUGCGCUUACCCGUAUUGAUUUUGUUUCUGUAUUUACAAUGUGUUACAGUUAUUGUGUUGUUGCGAGUGUGUGUUGGUUAAAAACCGAGUUUUCUCUUUAAACACAGCCCAAAAUAGGUGGGGCUGCUUACUUAUAAUGUUCCUUUGAUACCGGGACUAAUUUGCCUCUGAAAGGUUCAACCCCCCCCCACCAUUACUCUGAACUAUACAGUAACGGCAACUUCCAACCUCUUCCAGUGGACAUUGUGUUGGGGUGAAUACAAACGCACAAACUAAGGCUUGGCUAAAAUUCCAACUCAACAGUGAACCGCAAUCGUGCUUCAUGAUGCAUGCUGUUAUCCAUGAACGCAGUAGGUAUCGGCAUGUCAUAAAUGGUUAUGUUAUUAUUGUGUUAAAACUGCCAGCUUCACAGAAUUGCAUUUGCUGUUAUUUCUUGACUUCUUGAUAUGUAAACAAAUAUUUAUCCAUUUUUGUUUGAUCAGAUGAUGUAUUGGGUAUUACGCUCUUGUUUUUUUAAAAAUAUAUAUUUCACCUGCGUUGUUGGGCCCUUGUUGUGCACUUGAAGGGGGACAAGCUUCUCGAGCUACAGUGACGUCUGAGUUAUCAAAGACGUCACUGUCACUGAACUUUGCUUUCACGCCUGUGACCCAUGCCUCGUUUACUCACGGGCAAAAUUGGGGCCAUAUUCCUAUUUAAAUGAGAAGGUUUUAACAGUUUUUUUUGAGCUGCUCAUGAACCAUCAUAAAACUGUCACAUCUUGUUAAUGAUUCAAAUAAAAAAUGUUUUUGUAUGAAAGUGAA